CUGCUUUCAAGCAAAAUUGAAGUAGAGGCACGUCCAUACUGUAUGAGCUUUCCCCGGACCCUGCAUUCACUAUAUCUGGUCUCCCCGGACCCUGCAUUCACUAUAUCUGAUCCACCCGGACCCUGCAUUCACUAUAUCUGCUCUCCCUGGACCCUGCAUUCACUAUAUCUGGUCUCCCCGGACCCUGCAUUCACUAUAUCUGGUCUCCCGGACCCUGCAGUCACUAUAUCCGCUCUCCCCGGACCCUGCAUUCACUAUAUCUGGUCUCCCCGGACCCUGCAUUCACUAUAUCUGGUCUCCCCGGACCCUGCAUUCACUAUAUCUGGUCUCCCAGGACCCUGCAUUCACUAUAUCUGGUCUCCAGGACCCUGCAUUCACUAUAUCUGGUCUCCCAGGACCCUGCAUUCACUAUAUCUGGUCUCCCCGGACCCUGCAUACACUAUAUCCGGUCUCCCCGGACCCUGCAUUCACUAUAUCCGGUCUCCCCGGACCCUGCAUUCACUAUAUCCGGUAUCCCCGGACCUGCAUUCACUAUAUCUGGUCUCCCCGGACCCUGCAUUCACUAUAUCUGGUCUCCCCGGACCCUGCAUUCACUAUAUCUGGUCUCCCCGGACCCUGCAUUCACUAUAUCUGGUCUCCCCGGACCCUGCAGUCACUAUA